GCGCCUGUCAGUCACGCCUUUCUCCCGCUGCUUCCUGUGUGAUCCGCUAGACUCGCUCUGUCUGCAGACGGUCUCCGGUAUGGACAGCCGCUUCUCUCCCGGAGUUUCUACCGGAGAUUUUACUACUGUUAUUCUACAUUUGACUCCGUUUAUAUCAUCUGGAAAUGGAUUUCUGAACGGAAUAAGCCGAAGCUGAACCCGCCGUGUGUUAAAUCGAGCGUUUAAACCCUAUUUUUUUUUUUUUGGUUGUUGUUCGAGUUGUUUAAAGGAGGAGAAAAUGCCAGUUGCAACUCUUCUGCCUUUUACCGCGACCCCGAGUAGGAAGUCUGCCAGCCCGACCUCUUUCAGGUUGACAGAGAAAUUUAUUUUGUUGUUAGUGUUCAGCGCUUUUAUCACUCUGUGUUUCGGGGCCAUUUUCUUCCUACCGGACUCGUCCAAGCUGCUCAGCGGAGUUUUCUUUCACUCCUCCGCGGUGGAGACCAACACCCGCACCGGUCCGGACAGCAGCGACUCCGGGUCGGCUGGAAACGACGAGCGGGUCCUGGCUAAAAUCAGGAAAGACCACGAAAAAGCUCUGAUAGAGGCUAAGGAUACUCUACAAAAACGACCCGAUGAGAUAAAACAGGACAUUAUAAACGAGAAGGAGAAAGUUGUAAAGGAGAGUCUGGGUCAAGGUGGGAAGGAUGUCAAUAAUUUACCGUUCGUCGAGUAUCACCGGCCGCCCGGAGCGACGGGACACGAACCGCUGGACUCCGAAACCAGGGACAGACGGGCUAAAAUCAAAGAGAUGAUGAAACAUGCGUGGGACAGCUACAGGCGCUACGCCUGGGGUUCCAAUGAGCUCAGGCCGGUCUCCAAGCAAGGCCACUCCAGCAAUCUGUUUGGAAGUAUAAAGGGAGCGACGAUAGUGGAUGCCCUGGAUACGCUCUAUGUUAUGGAAAUGUUUGAAGAAUUCGAUGCAGCUACCGACUGGGUAGAGAAGAACCUCGACUUCAAUGUGAACGCUGAAGUGUCCGUGUUUGAGGUGAACAUCCGGUUUGUUGGAGGUCUGCUGUCUGCGUACUACCUGUCUGGGAAGGAGGUGUUUCGUAGAAAGGCGGUGGAGCUGGGCGAAAAGCUGCUGCCAGCCUUCAAAACACCCACCGGGAUCCCCUGGGCUCUGCUUAACCUCAAGAGUGGUAUUGGUAGAAACUGGCCGUGGGCGUCAGGUGGCAGCAGCAUCCUGGCAGAGUACGGCACCUUGCAUCUGGAGUUCAUGCACCUCAGCAAACUCUCUGGAAAUCCCGACUUUGCUCAGAAGGUAAUGAACAUCCGGAAAGUACUAAAUCGCCUGGACAAACCCCAGGGGCUCUACCCUAACUACCUGAACCCCAACAGUGGCCAGUGGGGCCAACAUCACGUGUCUGUGGGUGGCCUAGGUGACAGUUUCUAUGAGUACCUGCUCAAGGCCUGGCUGAUGUCUGACAAGACAGAUGAGGAAGGCAAGAAGAUGUACUAUGAUGCCCUGCAGGCGAUAGAAACCAACCUGAUGAGGAAGUCGAGCGGUGGGCUGACUUACAUCGCUGAGUGGAAGGGGGGGCUGCUGGAGCAUAAGAUGGGUCACCUGACCUGUUUCGCGGGCGGCAUGAUCGCUCUCGGUGCUGAUGGAGCGCCCAGCGACAAGACGGGCCACCAGAUGGAGCAGGCGGCAGAGAUCGCCCGGACCUGUCACGAGUCUUAUUCCAGGACCGCUUUAAAGUUGGGUCCAGAAGCGUUUCGUUUUGACGGAGGGGUCGAGGCUAUCGCUACACGCCAGAACGAGAAAUACUUCAUCCUCCGACCCGAGGUCAUCGAGACCUACAUGUACAUGUGGAGGUUUACCCACGACCCCAAAUACAGAGAGUGGGGCUGGGAGGCUGUUCAGGCCUUGGAGCAGCACUGUAAGGUAGAAGGAGGCUACAGCGGCGUCAGAGACGUCUACGCUUCAUCUCCCAACCACGACGACGUACAACAGAGCUUCUACUUGGCAGAGACGCUCAAGUAUCUCUACCUGCUCUUCUCUGAUGACGACCACCUGCCGUUUGAGCACUGGGUCUUUAACACCGAGGCUCAUCCACUGCCGGUCAUCAGGAAGGACAAAACAGACAGACCCAAUGAAGUGGAGUAGCGGACCCUCCUGCGCUGACAACCCAAAACAAGUGCGAGAACCUCUGAUCCUGUGUACCUGAGCCUCCAGCUGUCUGUCUGAAACAGUUUAGCCAUUUGGAGUUCCCAGUGGCUUCGGAUGCCUCUUGAUUGGACAUUGAUUUUAGUUUUUUUUUUUAUUUGUAAUGGGAUCAAAAGAGAAUUCAAGCCUGCCAGCGCUGAAUUCCUGCUGUUGCAUCUACUUCAGAAAGUGAUUUUUUUUUUUUUUUUAGACAUUUUUAGCUCUGGUUGAGUCCAGACGCUGGUCUGAACCAACAUAUUAACUGCUGGAUAACGUCAUAACUCGUCAAAAUGUAAUGAAAUGUCCCUCUGCUUGAGUUUAAUGUGAUGAAUUCCAGCGCUAUCUAUUGUAAGUUUGUAAUAUUCUUGUAUUAUAAAAGCGGUACCAUCUGAAGAUGUCAUUACAUUAAGUGGCAGUUUAUUCCACUACCAGGUUUUAUCACAUCUUCCAACUCAUUUAGAGGGACAAUCUGACCAGUUAUCACAUUAUUCCUCAGUUAUGUUGUUGUUAGGAGCUGCAGCUCCACCUGUUGUCUGUUUUUUUGUGAAGGAGAACACUGAAAGACCUGAACCAGUUGUCUCCCUGAUGUGGAUAUUUUGGACCGCAGUCUUUGGGCACCAAACCCAGAAAAACUGCAGCUCUCGUCUUGAGGAUCACAAGGCUGACUCAGAGCAACUUAGUGAGCUACAGGACGCUCUGUUCACGUCACAUGCGUCGUCUUUUUCCCCUCUGCUGUACCGCUUCAAUAUCUGAAUAGGAACCAGUAUCUCUGCGUCAGCGAUGGUGCCGCCGCCGCCGCCACUCCACUUUUUACAUUGUCUUCAGGGGAGCACUGGGAGUUCUGCAAUUCUAAAAACAUGGUUGUCUCUGUGGGAGUAAAGGAAAGAUGCCUCUUUUUAUAAACCCACAGAAGCUUUAGACCUCUGCUUCCUCUCCGUCACCUGUUACCUGAAAACACCUGACUGCUCUUUUUUUCCUCUGAGUUCGGUGUGACGCAGGACGACCAGCCACACCAGCUCUCUACCUGCCAGUAACUACACUUUCUCCCCUCGACGUUUACACCAAGCUGUCCCUCUUCUUCUGCUUAUCUCAUCCUUCAUUCAUUUGUAUCUUUUUAGGGUCUUUUUUUUCUCACAGCUACACCAAUUCUUCUGAGGUUCGAUCGAUUCAGGUUUUUCAAAGCUUUUUAACUGACAGCCAACAUGUUAAAAUCUUAAUCUGUCUUAUAAUAUUGUUUGUUUUUAAUU